AUGGCGGAAAAGCAGUUUUUGCCAACGGACUGGGGUGACGAUGAUCGAAUGAACUUUAUGUUUUCGGCCUUUCCUGAUAGUAGAGAAGUAAACCCUAAACACUGGGACUCUAAGCUACACUACUGGAGCAAGGCAAUUCUCAAUGGAUGUAAACAUCACGGGGACAUUUGUAUUGAUCUAACAACGCUGAAGCGAAGAUUUUCGCGAAAUGGCUUGACUCCUCUCGGGUUGGACAAUGUUUUGAAAGAAUUGCUUCAACAAGGAAAGAUUGAGAGGAAAGAGGAGUUUACAAACUGUGCUCGCGAAGGCUGGUUGUCGUGGUCGUAUGGCUUUGCGAAGAGAUCUUUUCAGUGGAGUGUAGGUUUUGUUUGGGAAGGAAGUAGUAAUACAAAACUCGAUGGUCACGAGCAGUUUGUUUUAGUGGAUGAUGCAAAGGAAAAGGCACAGUGGAUUCUUAAGCAACAUUAUGAUCGCGUGGAAUGUGAAACAACUGAUCACAUGAUACCAUUGAAUGUGCUCAAGGCACGCUGUGGAAAUGUCGAUGAUCAGACUCUCACAAUUCUUGUAGCUGCUUUACAAAAACAAAACAAAGCACUGGUUUUCAUUACAGAGGAAGGAGAAAAGGUUGUAAAAUUUGCAAGGAAAGGGGAAACAAAGGUGGCACCAGUCUCCGACAGUGAUGUGGAAAUAGUAAGGUUGAAGAAAACAUUGGCAAUUUUAACACUCCAAGUGAAUAAGCUGACAAAUGAGGUGGAAAAAUGCAGAAUGCAAGCAGCUAGUUUUGCAAAGGCUGGCCAUAGAUCUAAGGCGCUUAAACUGCUGAAAAGGAAAGAUCUUCGACAGCGGACUCUGGAUAAAACAAUAGCAAGCUUGCACUCCUUAGAAGAAAUUUUACACCAAAUACAGAAUGCACACACAAAUAAAACUGUCCUGGAAGCUCUAAAAUCAGGAGCUACAAUGUUGAAGUGCAUGCAUUCAGAUUUAAGUAUUGAAGGUGUUGAGGGGGUGAUGGAUGAGGUUAAUGAGACUUUAAGUAUAUCUCAAGACAUAGAUUCAGCAAUUGUAAGCGGUAACUCUUAUAUCUCUGAAACCACAGGGAUGGGAUCCAGUGAGCUAGAUGAGCUGGAACGGGAGUUAGAAAAUCUCACUAUUGGAAAUACUGCAACCAUAGCACAGGCUGGGUCACCUCCUUAUGACCUCUCAAGUGGUAGGUCUUCCAUAGGCCAUCAGCAUCCAAGUUCUCUCUCAUCAAGGCAAUUGGACUUUGAUGAAGACAGGACUGCUGUGAAUUUGCCUGAUGUUCCUUCUCACAGCCCAGUGAAAACUGGAAUUCCAAAAGCAAGAGAUAAAACAGCAUUACUUAACUAA